CUCUCUGUUAACUUCCUUAGAAUCACAAUGGUGAAACCAAGUACUACCACCGAAUCAACAAAUUACACAGUCUUCGUAGAGACUAGUAUGAAAACUCAUUUGGUUGUAACGUUUACGAUCACUGAUACCGCCGGGCAUCUCAAACAGAAGAUAGCGGCAGAUCAUUUUAAUUGCUUUCCAAAGCUUGGCGAGAUAGAUGUUACAGCAAUCAAGGUGACGCGCAAUCAAUGUUGUUACCACGUAUCAGACUCCAUGCAUGUGAAAAGUGUAUUUGAGAGAGUUAGGGGAACGUGGUACCUUUAUGUGGAUGCUGUUCUGAAGGAAACUGAAAAUGUUUCCAACAACAUCACAGGUUCUGUUGGAGAAGCUUCUCAACUAGUUCUUGUUGUCCAUUCUAUGCAUAAUCUCAUUGGAGAGUCAAUUAAAGAGAUUGGUGGCGAGAACCAGCUGCAUGGUAAACAAGGAGAACAAUCUAAAGUUAUGCCAUCUGAAGAAAAAGAUUUGAAGCAUAAGUCAACUCUAGAUACAAAGGCUACAUAUGUUGCUAGCCCAAGGAAAAGGCCAAUAAGUAAGAUCUUUGAUGGUAAAACUGGCAUUGGCUUGUCAAAUUUAGGAGCUGGGAAGGAUGACAGCACAAGAAAUGUCGUUCCUGUUGCGGAUCAUCCUAGUAAAACAUGUAAAAGCUUGCCUCCCAUUGGAAAGUCAAAGACGUCAAAAGUAGAAAUUGUUGGUGCUCCGUCUUCAUGCCUUGAGAAGGGACCUGAUAAGGAGUCUUUGAAGACUAAACAAUCCAUCUCCAAAAAAGACGAAGAGCCGAAGAAACAAAAUGAUGUUACCUCAAGGGUUGUCGGUACUUCAAUUGGUGAAAAAAGGAAAAAGCAGAGCAGCCCAUUGAAAAACUUUACAAGAUCAAGAACGAGGACGCCAGCAGUGUCUGACAACUACUCAUCAACAUGUGCGCCCAAAAGUUACAUCCCUGGCCAGCAUAGUCAGAUUCAGUAACUGGAGUGUUGUAGCUCCAGAUUCUGGUCUCUUUUUUUCUGGUGGUACCAUCAUUCUUCUCCUGGCUUAGAGUGUGGUGUGUUUGGUUUUUCUUUUUUGCAUUUUGGUUAAUCAACAUCUUGCCGGGUUCAGUCGGUGUAGGUUCGUACUUCGUCUGCAGUCAGUUGGUGUGUUUUCUCCCAAGCUAAGGAUGAUGCAUCGUUUCCGUUCAGGUUUUAAGACUUAUCACUUCCAUUUUGGAAUUUAUUAACUUUCUGAAGAUGAUAUCAUUUUCUUUCUCCCUACAAAAUGAGUGUCGUCUGUUUUGAGAUGUAGUAGG